UCAUCCGCCAAUCGACAUAGGUCCCCGGGAUUCGCUACUCCGUUCAUUUUGUGUCCCGUUUACAGCCACGAAACAGUGACAUUUUGCACUAUUAAGAUAAUCGCCGCGUCUCUAAAAAGAUCCUUGGCACCUGCUUUGUGUGGUUACACCCUUUAAAGUCGCCAUUGGACAUCGUUGAUGUUUCAGCGUCCAUGUCCCCCCGUAGGCUGUGCUGCGGAGUGAUACCUACUUCAUUGGUACCGACAAUGUGGAGGCUGUUAAAAUGUCUACUUGGAAAAUGAAAUGGUUACAUUUUCUCUAACAAAAAGGAGACGGAGCGAAGUAAGAGUUAUGGUUCGGGUUAUGUUUUCGUGACGAGGACGACAACGACACGAGGCGACGGAGCAGUGGUGUUCGUAUUGUCUCUCCCUUAUUUUCAUCAAGCCCACAGUCCGGACCACGGGGGGAAGGAUCCUAUCCCUAACUUUGUUUUUCUCUGUACUGCGGCCGUCGAUUUCUCCCUCUUGGAUGCCACACAAUUGAACCCAGUCGCUUGCUGAGACUGAAAGGGCCAAGUGAACAGCAGCAGAGAAUGGCUGCAGUGGAAACAGACAAGGAGCUCAACGACUUGCUGGAUUUUAGUGCGAUGUUUGAGCCUCCAGUUUCAAACGGCAAGAACCGGCCGACUACUCUCGGCAGCAGUCAGUUUUCAGGUUCAGGUUUAGAUGACAGGAGUGGGUCCAGUCCCUGGGGGGCAGGAGAACAGAACAGUCCAUCUUUCCACCAGGGAAGGGGUUAUGGAGAACAAGGCCUUUAUAGUGAGCAAGAGGGCCUUGCCUCUGCCCCACUGUAUGGAUCAGGGAUUGUUGGAAAGGCUGAGCGUGGAGCGUACUCGUCAUUUGCAACACAGCCGGGCUUCAUGCCCAGUGAGAUGCCCAUGCCCAGUCCUGACGCCCUCUCCCCGUCUGGCCUUAAGUCCAACCCCCAAUUUUAUUCGUCCUAUGAGGGAAGCAACUCUCGCAGGAGACCCUCACAGGAGCCCGUUGGACCACAGCCAAAAAAGAUCAGGAAGGUGCCCCCUGGCUUGCCCUCCUCAGUUUAUGCAUCAGCCUCCGGAGAGGAUUUUAACAGGGAUGGUGCCGGCUACCCAGCCUCCAAGGCAGGAAACGUCUACCCACCACCGUUCUACAUGCAAGAAGGCCUCCACCCGCCCUCUGAUCCAUGGGGCUCUGCCAGGUCGAUGGUCCAGCCUGGUUAUUCUGCCAUGCUGGGCAACUCCCCCCAUCUGAGCCAGCAUGCUCCCUUUACGGCCAUCAACCCCCAAGACAGACUGAAACGGCAGCCGCUGCCCCUCUCUCCCCAAAACUACCCCAUGCAUGGCAGUGAAGUGAAUGGGGCUCAUCCUGCUGGCUUCCACUCUGGCCCCGGCAGCUUCGGAGUCCCCAGCCACACACCCCCUAUGGCUGACACCAUCAUGGCAAAUCGAGGUGCCGUACCUGGAAGUUCAGGUGACGAGAUCGGAAAAGCCCUGGCAUCUAUCUAUCCUUCAGACCCACACAGUAACACCUUCCCUCCGUCUCCGUCUACUCCCUCUGGCUCUCCACAGGCUGUUUCAGGCUCUGCAUCCCAGUGGACUCGGUCCUCCGGCCAGGCCACGCCUUCUCCCAACUUUGAGUCCAUGCCGAGUAAAGUGGAGGACCGUCUGGAUGAAGCUAUCAAUGUUCUUCAGCGUCACGCCAGCGGACAAGGAGGGCAGGGCCUGGCUGAGAUGCACAGCCUGCUCUCGUCUGGUUUAGGGUUGCCUCCUGCCUUCACCAGUGCAGCACUUGGAUUGACCAGUCGCCUGCCAGGACUGGUGUCUGGUCACCAUGAGGACUCUGCAGGUCUGCCCUCUAGUGGAGGACUAAUGCACGGACACCACGGCCCCGCAUCUGUGCAGCCAGGCUCUCAGCCCGAAGGUUUCACCGGCCUGUCCAGUAGCCUAAAUCGCUCAGCUGGUCCUGAAAUCAAACGGGAGGAUAAGGAGGAUGAUGAAAACUGCUCCGUCACCGACAGGUCAGAGGAUGAGAAAAAAGACAUUAAAACCCGCCUUCGAACAAGUCUGGAUGAUGAGGUGGAUGACGAAGAUCUACCAGUGGAGAUUAAGGCUGAGCGGGAGAAAGUGAGGAGGAUGGCAAACAACACCCGUGAGCGGCUACGUGUGCGGGACAUCAACGAGGCUUUUAAGGAGCUGGGCCGCAUGUGUCAGCUCCAUCUGAGCCACGAGAAACCGCAGACCAAAUUGAUUGUGCUGCAACAGGCCGUUAACGUUAUACUCAACCUGGAGCAGCAAGUUCGAGAGCGUAAUUUGAACCCAAAGGCUGCCUGCCUCAAGAGGAGAGAGGAGGAAAAAGUUGCAGGCGUGGACCCCCAGAUGCAGCUGGGUGGGGGUCACCCUGGCCUCGGAGGAGACGGACAUAUGUAACUCUCAGUUCCUGUUGAUUGUACAGCCCUUAGAACACGUGGCCUUAAUCUAUCAUUGUCAUGCAUCUCAGUGUGUGUUAAUCAACUCUCGGAAAGCACACACGCACACACACCUCAUUACUGACAAAGCAGGUGGCCACAUUCCUGACGAUGAAUACAAAAGUAACAAGCACACUCUCGCAGAAAGAGGGGAAAUGUAUUAAUCUUAACACGACAACACUUUGAACCGAGGACACCGGUUUGGAGACAGUGGAAUUUGGACAUAAGGACGUUCUUAUGAUCAUGUUUUUGUAAGACAUUUUGGAGAAAAAAAAUUGCUUUUACAUGUUGGGAGCAAAACUUGUUUGGAUCAAAUCAAACUUUUUGGAUCAACUGCUUGUGAGCAGAGUUAGGAUUUGUAUUGUUGGAUGAAUAUUGGCAUUCCCAUCUGAAAAGCAGGUCUUACAUUCUUCACAGGCAAAGAGGGACAACCAGGUUUCUAUCUUAUGAUUGAUUGAACAAAACCCGGUAAAACGUGCCAGAAAGGAGGCCUGAUGCAUGGUGUUUAAGAAAAAAUAGCCAUCAUGAUUAUCUUCUCAUGUGAUGACUGAAUUACAGAGGCAGGUUUGGAGACAUCAGAGCAAUCAUAGAGCUGAUUCCUUUUUUUUUGUAUGCUGGUGUUUCUGGAUGUUUUUUUUUUUUUUUUUUUUUAAUUUCUUGCUUUGGCUGAAAAGGUGCCACAGUCUCUAACUCACCCAUGUGGUGUUUUUUUUUUUUUUUUUUUUUUUUGUUUAUUUUUAACCGUGGAGUCUUAUCUCGUAAGUCUUGUACAUCUGUUAUGGUCACUGCCAUGCAAGUGCAACGAAGAGACCGUCGGAGAGAGACCCUCCACUGACACGAACGCGAGCAAAGACUCGACACAAAUCCAGGAACCACAGUGAUUACGAAUCAAACGUGCACAUCCCAACUGGUUGGACUCGAGCGCAAACAUCAGUCACACAUCAGUCUCAGCCUGCCCCUGUCCAAUCACACCUGAAGACUCUGUUACAGCACAGUGAACUCACUAAACUGAAGUCUCGGAGCAAACUGUAUCACAUUUUGCCAGAAGACAGAAAUAAUUGAGUAUUGAAAGGGAUCAUGAGUGUUCCUGCUGCCCUGUAGAGAAUUUACUCGCCAUUGACGGACUUUUUUUGGGUUGUUGCUGUGUGUUGAGCAUUUUGUGUUUUUUCUUUUCCCCUUUUGAACAAUUGCAAAGCCUGUUGUAAGGAUCUUCCUUUUUUUGUAGAAUGAUUCAUCAUUGUUUUUAUUAUUGUUUUAUUUUUUACUUUGUAAGAUAGUUGUAUGAGUUUUGUUUUUAUCAUUUGGAAUGCUUUUCAUUAUUUUUUUUGUUUACAUUGUUUAAAUGUAACUCGAUUUAGAUUCCAGGAACAAAGUGAGGUGUUUUGUUUUUUGUUUUUUUUUUUUCCUUUUGUGCCAGGUGCUUAGAAAUGUUAGAAAUGACAAACUUAUCUGGCUCUAACAUCACAUGUUGUGAUAAUGCUCUCUUUUUUAAGAAAAAAAAACAACAAAAAAAAUGCAUGUUUCAACACAAACCUGUCAGGCCAGUUGUAAUUGGAUUGUUUUGGUGUUCACGACAGUUUUCUCUUAAAUGAAACUAUUUUUCUUCAGCGCACCCCCCUCUCCUCUCCCUGAUGUCCAGCUCCUCUGGUGAGCUUGUUGAUUAGUUUGAGGAAGGGGCAGUAGGGGUGGUCUGCACAAUCUGCAACAUAAUUCACUGUUUCAUUGUGAUAUGAAGCAUAAAAUGAAUCAAAAUAGGGUGGCCUUAGUCAUUUUCCUGACUUUGGGAGUUUUGAUAAUGGUUACUCACCAGUGCCUGAAUACUUCUCUGCUACAUGGUGGAUGACGUUGCAUUCGAGGAUUUAUAGGUUGUACCUUUUUAUAAUACAGAUGUAUAAAAACAUAUAUACUUCAUCUGACAGUGUCUCAGAACAUCUAAAUGAAGAAUUGCUUUCACUGACGCCGACUGCUUCAGUGUGUCGUUAAAUGUAAGAUGACUAAUAACUCGGUCUUCAACUUUGACGCUGAAAACUACUUCAAAUGUUUCAUCUUUUAUGUACUGAUUUUGUUAAGUAUAAUUUUGUCCUUGACUGGCAUGUGCAUUGAUAUGUAUGUACAGCUGUAUGAUGCGUCAGCUUCAUCAUUGUAAGCUGAUAGUGAUAUGUAACAGUAUUUGGUUUUCUACCUGUCAUUUUUGUCACAAAUCUUGCCCCACGGACUAGACCCGAGCAUUAUUUUUCAACUAAUUUUCCUGCAGAAAAUGUGGUGUUGUUGUGAUAUGAAAAUCUCUACUGAAGACUUGUACUUUUUAUUUCUUUACAUGAAAGAUUUUUUUUCGGCAGUAUCUGAGGAUUUUCUGUGGAUCAAAACAUGCACCUGAUAAUUUUUUUGUUAACAGACCCUUGUCCUCCACAACAGAUGACCUGCUACAAAUCUCUCUGUCUUCACUCAUGUUUGGGGACAACAUCUAUGUAGGCUAUGUCCUCAAAGUGCCUCCAGUUUCCUAUUUUUUAUAUAUAAAGUAGAUAUAGAGAACUGUUGUGUAUAUAACAGUAAUGUAGCAAUAAAUGUGCCAUUUUUAAUAACAAAAA